CUCCCCGCCGCUAUUCCGGGGGGGGCGGUCGCCUCCCGCUGCUACGGGCGGGCAAGCGCCGAAGCAAACCCCGACCGGGCAAAGCCGUGGCGGGCCGAGCGCCGCCGCUUUCCCCCGCCGCGCGCGCCGGGGCCGGGGCCGGGGCCGGGGCCGCGGCCGUGACCGGUCCCGGUACCGGAGGGGCGGCGCCCCGCCCCCGCGGCCGCCCGGAAGCGCGGCCCGGGCGCGGCCCCCUGGCGGCGGUGCCGCGCCGUGCCCGCGCCCGCGCCCGCGCCCGCCAUGCUGUUCCGUUUCGGGCUGGUGCUGCCGUCCCGGCUGGCCGAGGGCGGCGGGGCGGUCCUGCUGGCCGGCUCGCGGCCGGAGCUGGGGCAGUGGGACCCGCAGCGGGCCGUCCCCAUGAAGCCGGCGCGGCCCACAGCCCCGCUGCUGGCGCAGGAGCCCGCGCUGUGGCUGGCGGAGGUGGUGCUGCCGGAGGAGGACGCCUCCGGCCCCUUCUGGUACAAGUUCCUCCGGCGGCAGGGCGGCGACCUCCUCUGGGAAGGUAAUGGGCCCCAUCAUGAUCGAAGUUGUGUUUACAAUCAGAGCAACAUAGUAGAUGGCGUUUACUGCCUCCCGAUAGCACACUGGAUUGAAGUCUCUGGACAUACGGAUGAGAUGAAGCACACAACUGACUUCUAUUUUAAUAUUGCGGGACAUCAAGCUAUCCAUUACUCCAGAAUUCUGCCAAACAUCUGGCUGGGAAGUUGCCCUCGGCAGCUGGAGCAUGUGACCGUCAAGCUGAAGCACGAGCUGGGUGUUACAGCUGUGAUGAACUUCCAGACCGAAUGGGACAUUGUUCAGAAUUCCUGGGGAUGCAACCGCUACCCGGAACCCAUGAGCCCUGAAAUCCUCAUUAAACUGUAUAAAGAGGAAGGUAUUGCCUAUGUCUGGAUGCCAACCCCGGACAUGAGCACUGAAGGAAGAAUACAGAUGUUGCCACAAGCUGUCUGCCUCUUGCACGGGCUACUGGAGAAUGGACAUACUGUCUAUGUUCAUUGUAACGCUGGUGUUGGCAGGUCUACAGCUGCUGUCAGCGGCUGGCUGAAGUAUGUGAUGGGAUGGAGCCUGCGGAAAGUGCAGUACUUUUUGGCUUCCAGGAGAGCAGCUGUCUACAUUGACGAGGAAGCUCUGAUUCAUGCUGAAGAUGAUUUCUACCAGAAAUUUGGGCGUCUUCGUUCCUCAUGCAAAGUACAAGAGUAGAAAAGCAGAAGAUGAAAAGGAAGGUGAAGAGGAAUCUUUACAUUUGAACCCCAAGGACUUAGAAAUCAUGAGUCAGAGUCCUGCCUCUCCUCUUCAGAUUAUAAGCUUGUCACAGAAGUUGUGAGAAUUUUGUUAAAAAGUGCCUUUGAGGGUUUUUUACUUGCUUUGUUUAGGCUGAUAUGAUUCAUGUUUUCAAGCCUUUUCUGCAAGUAUAAGACCUAGAAACUCUGCAAAGGGAAACUAAGAUUUUCUUUUAACUACUUGCCUGCACUGAGUUUUUAGAGUAGAUGCUAAAAAGGUCAUAAUGUGAAAUAGUUAGAGUUGGCAAUAUUUCAGUGACAAGAAAGAGAAGACAUUCUUAGAAAAACAGAUACAAAGCUUGGCUGGAUUAAGGUUCAGGUUAGGAUGAAGCUGAUCAUUGUCAAAGCUGAUGAGUUAUUUUAGGUGGAGUGUCUGUUACUGAAGUGUUUGCUAUUGUUUCUGUAGACAAGAGGUAUUAAUGAGAAAAACCAGAAGGAAACUGAUUUUUCAACUCAGUUUCUUAAACAAAAAGCUAGUGUCUAAUGCAGUGAACUAAAAUUUGCUCUUUUUGCCUAUGUAGUUAAUGUUAAAUAUCAUGAGAUAUAGCUAUAUUCUUUCAUGACAUUGGUGUCGUGUUGGAAUGUGGCAUGAAGAAAAGAAACAACUCCACUUACUGAAGUCUUACUCUGUUGCAGGGAAGGACUACUAUUUGUUAUAUUAUCCUAGGCUGUGAGAUCUCUAAGUCAAAGAUACGUUUUGCUCUUCUGGUCUAUGCAGUGCUUACAGUGGUCUUCCUAGGUACCAAGUCAAUAUAAGCAGUAGCCACUGGGCUAAAACAGGACCUAUAGGAUCUGUGUGAUAAGCCUCUGUGCAUCACUGAUGCCACAGCCUCUUUGUUAUUGACCUAGACGAAUUUCUUCACUAUAGCAAAAGUCUCUUCUUGCACAAGCAGUGUGUGGAUGUUCACAGCUGCUAGAUUUAGCCAAGUGAAGCAAAUACGUUCCUCUGUAGGAGCAAAGAGCAGCUCUGUUGAGGGUUUCUCAGGAGCUUAGCCUCAGUAGGCUAAAGUUGGCUUUGUGAAUGAUCCCUAAUGUUUUCCAGUGCUGCUUAGUCCCUUAGCUAAACUAAGCAGCGGCACCAACAGCUUCCAGCCCUGCUCAGGCAAACCCAGUUUCCUGUAGGUUAAGUCCAAGAGAGAAGGGAGAGAAAGCAUUUCCUAAGGAACAGAGAAUUAAGGAUGUAUAAACAUGAAGAAACCUAAUUUGUAUAGGUUUAUUCUUCAGUGAAAUCUCAUUUUUUUUCCAGCCAAAUUGACCCUCUAAAGACCCAGUCAUUGACAGAGUAGUUUAGCUGAUAUAUAUUGAUUAUCUGAAUACUUAAUGGAGAAACUAUUAGAUAUGAACUCUGUGGAGAACGGAAUAAUAUAAUACAUUUUAUUUAUCCUAUAUUUCAAUCAUCUUCAAAAGGAAAAAUGUUUAUUUAAGUUAUUCUACCUGUGUGGUUUUGAUCAUGAUUUUGUUUCUUAUAUUAUCCUUUGAAAUAACACUGCCUGUUUAGAAAAUGGAUAAGAAAAGUUCUCUAUUAAAUAAAAAUAUAAAGACAA